AUGGCGUAUAAUUUACGGCCGCGGAGCGUUGGGGACGCGGUUCAGGAGAUUGAGCACCAAAACGAUGAUUUCGGCGGUGAAACAAGCGACGAAAAUGAUGAUGCCGUCGAAGAAAUGACAGACAAGGACACUGAUGGAACUUCAAGUGACGAAAUUUCAGAGACCGAAGACGUCCAAGUACCAGAGCAACGACGGAAAAGUCCAGCACAGCAAGCGCGGAGGGGAAGACCUCCAUCGACUAUGAAAGGAAAAAACGCCCGUUUUUCAUCGGUUCGAAUUCACAUACCUAGUCCAACGAACGACGUUCUGCACUGCGAGGACAUUUUCGAAUUUUGGGAAACGUUAUUUACCGUUGAAAUGCACAAAUUGAUCGUGAAAUAUACCAACAUGAAAAUUGAGUUGACGCAACGCGCUGUAACCGACAAAGGUAGCGUCCUCCAAACUUAUCAUCACACAACGGAUUUGAUUGAAAUUAACGCUUUCAUUGGAUUACUGUACUAUGCUGGUAUUUGGAGAUGCAGUCAUAUCGGCGUCAAAGAGCUGUGGGCAAAUACCGAAGGAGCGCUGGGUGAUCCGUAUAAGAUGAAAAUAACGGGCACUAUCAGGAAGAACAAACGCGAAAUCCCACUUGAGAUGAAAAUCGCAGAAGAUGAGAAAAGUGCAAAGUACGGUUAUCAUGACAAUAUCACACUACUUUCUUGGACACCAAAGAAAAACAAAAUUAUAUUGGUAGCCUCUUCAUUUACAAGGUCGUCGAGAAUUGAUGCCAGAUCAGGGAAACCCCAGAUGAUCAGCCACUACAACAAUACUAAAGGAGGCACGGAUGUUUUCGACAAAUUGUCGGCAGUAAACAGUCGCAUUCUUCACACGUGUCAUACGAUGCAACAUGAUGAGAAGAUCGCUCAGAGACUACCUGGAAGAGAAAGCCAAAAGCAAAUUGCUUUACGGCUUGUUACUCCGUUACUUCAACGCCGUUUACGAGAAGCACCAUCGUUGCGAAUGGGCAUCCGGAAAAGCAUUGAAAAAAUAUUGGAUAUUGAUCCAGUGCCACCUUCGGAGGUCGAACGUCUAAUGUUCACAAAAAGAGUUCGAUGCGCUCUCUUGUCCAAAAACAGAAGUGUUGCGUGGAAAUAUUUCAUCGACUAUGAGAACAAGGCCCAAUGUAAAAUUUACCACGUUGAAGUUAAAACUGCUGGCAACACAACGAAUUUGGUAAAACAUCUUAAGCGAAAGCAUCUAGGUCUAAUCUCGGACCAACCACCAGCGAAAAACAUGCAUUUGGAGCAGCAUCAAACUGAUGCUGGUGAGAAGAAUCCUGACGAUCCAGAUAGUCCAUCGACUGUCACAGUUUCUGAGUGUCAUACUCAAUUGAAGUCGGUGCACCAAAUGGUAGUUUGGGCAAAUGAAGAACGUCGAACCCCAAGCAAAUCUUCGCAAUCGAGAAUCGACAAAACCUUUCACAACUUAAAAUCUUUUGAAGGUGGAGGUUCGAAAGCUGCUGAAAUUACAAACGCUAUUAUUUUCAUGAUAGCUAAAGACAAUAUGCCAUACCGUAUGGUUGAAGAAGAAGGAUUCCAACAUUUCAUGAAAACGGCUCUUCCGUUAUACAAGGUUCCCGGAAGAAAAUCUAUCACACGUCUCAUAGAAGGGAAAUAUGAAGUGUUGUCAAUAGCUGUAAAAUCAAAACUCUCAGUUUCCAACACAAUAACUUUGACUUCAGACGUCUGGACGGAAACGCUCAAUACUCGAAGUUAUUUGGGAAUGACAGCACACUUUGUGAUGGAAGGAAAACUUGAAUCUGUAACGCUAGGCGUAACUUCGCUUGAAGAUCGACAUACAGGAGAGUAUUUGAGUCAAUGGUUGCUACAAAUGUGUAAUGACUGGAAAAUUGACAUUGUCGCAGUUGUUACUGAUAGCGAGGCAAAUAUAUUAAAAGCAGUUAACAUCGCUUUCGGAAAAGACAAACACUUGUCAUGCUUCGCUCAUGCAUUGAAUCUCGUUGCAUCACAGAUAAUCGAACAAGAAUCGACUGUUCAUUCCAUGUGCGAUAAGGUGAAAGCACUCGUUACUUUUUUCAAGCAAUCUGUAACGGCAGCCGAUAAACUCCGAAAAUACAGGGAUAAAAAACUCAUCCAAAGUGUUCCUACGAGAUGGAAUUCGACAUAUUUCAUGUUCGAGCGAUUCAUCGAGAUGUCCGAAAUCAUCAGUGCAGUACUGCUUAAAUUUCCCAAAUCACCACUGAUGUUGUCAGCAAGUGAGCUGCAGCUUGCGAGAGAGACGGUUCAAGUAUUAAAGCCUCUCGAACAUGCUUCAAAAGAAGCCGGCGGCCAAACGUAUGUAACCGCGAGUAGAGUCAUUCCUUUGACCAACUUCCUCAAGAGUCGAAUCGAGAAACUAGAGGCGAUUUUGACUACAAGUGGAGCACAAAAAUUACGAGAGUGCCUUAUGAUUGCUUUUGAAAAGAAAUUCGGUCGAAUUGAGUACAUGAAUCUUCUCGCUACAGCAACGAUACUCGACCCGAGAUUCAAAAAGAUGUAUUUCAGAUUCCCAGAAGCGUACGCAAGAGCAUUAAUGAAAUUGAAACGAGAAAUACAAAAUUUCUCCAUGGGAUCGGAGCAAUGUCAAAAAGAAAAAAUCUCGUUGAUUGCAGAAAAAAAGGUUCUCGAUCUCGAAGAAAAUAGUCUGGAGGCUUUUCAUGAAAAUCUGAGCAGAAGCAGCCAAAGUCAAGUUUCUACGGAAACAGGAGAUCUGAUUCCGACAGAUUUAAAGCAUUACCUUAGCCAACCAACUCAUCCAUACAGCGAGCAUCCGUUGGAGUACUGGCACAACAACAACGUUUAUCCAGAUCUGAAAAAAGCAGCAAAUCGUUAUUUGCACAUCGUCGCAACGUCUGUGCCAUCGGAACGCCUAUUUUCGAAGGCAGGGAAUAUUAUGACUGAACGUCGAAAUCGGCUGUCACCUAAACAUCUACAAGAAUUACUUUUUCUUUCAUCGCUUUCUCGACAAAAUUGGUGCCAGAAUGAUUGA